AUGUCCCAUUCGCAUGCCGCCCGUUGCCAUUGGGCCAAAACUAUCAGGCUAUUCGUUGUAAGACCUGCUACGCAGAAGUGCCAGAAGCACCACCUGUUUGUUUUAUUCGCAUGGUAUCUGCCACAAGUCGAACUCACAAAAAUGAUGUUGCGUGGUCCAAGUGCGUUACUCUCACUUCCCAGAAUAUCUCGGACCAUCUCUUCAGUCCCCGUUGCCGCACCGACUUCUGCUGUCGGAGGACUCAGAGCAAAGAUUGAGUCAUGGGUGGAAACCUACGAAGAUUUUAUUGGGAUUAAAGCAGUAAAAGAAGCUCAAGAAGGAGUUAUGCUGUGGGAGCAGAAGCUCAGCGAAGCGCAGCUUGCACGACGAAAUAAGCAGAUGGAGAUCAAGAGUUUACAGUCUCGGCUUAAGGAGAUCCAUACUGAACUCGAUCGAACCAGCAGAGGCGAGGAUAGGUACCUUCAUCUGUUAACAGAAGAGCACGCACUUAUAAAGAAGGAACGUGGUUUAUUGGAACAGUUUGAAAUGCUUGAGGCGACCGAAAGAGAAUCUUUUCAUCAGUUAUCCAACAGAGUCCGCGCAUCGCAUGAAAGGGAGCGCGAGAGAGUUGAGAAGACGAAGUGGUGGUCAGUCAGCGCCUCUCUUAUAGGCGCUAUCAUAGGCAUUCUUGGAGCUUCCAUAGGAAACGAAUUACGAAUGCGCCGACUUCGUGAGAUGCUCCCUAUAGGCGGUGCACAGAUGAGUGACAUGGCAAGGCUUUUAGGCGAACAAAAUUCGAAGGUCACAGGUUUUAUAACUGAGAUGCGAGAUGUUCUCAAAUUAAACCAACUUCAUAUCGAACCCUCAGAUCCUUCACAGUUUGAAAAUGUCAGUUCAGAGAAGGUUGUUGCAGCCAUUCGAGAAGAGAACGCGCGACUUUCCGCGCAAAUGGAAGAGCUAACAAGGUUAGCUCGAAUUGAAGCUAGCCUCAAUGCUGACCCGAAUGCAGUGGUUUAUGUUGGCAGCGACAUGGAGAGACUUCUUGACCAGACUGAAAAGAACAUCGAAUCGAAAAUGAAACUGCAAACUCUGCUCUCUGUAGUUGCACUCUAUGCAGCUGUAGGAGUAGCAAUACCUCUAGUAUUUGCUGCGUUCAGAGGAGGAUAG